GCUGCAUUCUCCGCUAGCCGCACAGCCAAACCCAGUCUUUACUCUCCAUUUUCCGGCCUUUUCUCUUCUCUCUCUCUUUCAUUCCUUUCUUUCCGCCUUGUCUAGCAAGCCCAGCUCUCUUUCUGUUUUCAUAUACCUCUUUCCUUUUCCUUUCCUCCGAAGCCUUGGGACGACAACGUUCAACGGUCGGAAUAUUUACACAGGAUCUCCAUCUGGCCGAUAUCUAAACCGCAUUCCAUCUAUCAAACAAAGUCCCAGCACGAUGUCGAUGAUGGCCACAUCCCCCGCACAACCCCAAACGCAAACACAACAUCAGCCCAUCCCAUCUUCAUCAUCCUCUUCCACCACCUCCGCCUUAUCACCCUCUCUCCCCAUCCCCAACACAACCGCCGAUGCCCCACUGCCUAUCACCCGCUCCACGUCCGUCAAGUUCAAAGAUCAGGUCAGCCCGCGCGAACAACAGCAGCAACACGCCCAACAAUCUCAUGCACACCCGCAACAACAGCAACAGCAGCAAACACCAGAAGUCCACGUCAACGGCUCACCGUUGAAGAAAGGACCUAUACAGCGCACGCCGAAGAGCUCGUUACAGGGACAGGGACAGGGACAGGAUGAGGCGGCGUGGGGGAAGAAUUUUUGGGUGACGCUUGUCGAUCCGCAGACCGGCGUGUCGUUUUUCGCUUGUCCGUCGACGGGCGAAGUUAGUUGGGAUCCGCCUGUGGGCAAUUUCGUCCUCCCCCCAAGCGAAGAAGGCGAAUGGUGGGAAAUAAGCGACAAGACCCGCGGCGGGCUGCCGUAUUACUACCAUACGAAGACGGGACGGACGGUCUGGGAUAAACCGGAGGGGUUCGUUAUUCCGUUGACGGUGCUGCAGAACACAGCCCUCGGCCGCCGUCUCUCUAAAUCCUUCGACUUCACGACGUACGCAGACAUCUCUACCUCCGGCACUGGCUCGCCUCCUACCAACUCAGCCGCUGCCACCACAUCUUCCCCCUCUACCACCACCGUAUCUCCCUCUCCAUCCCAGCAACACCAGCAACACCAGCAACAACAACAGCAACCUGACGCAUUUCAAUCGAACCAAGCACAACAGCCCUCGGCUUGGUCCAACUCUAAUAAUAAUAAAGCAGGACAUGGACAACAUCAUCGGAGGCGCUCGUCGUCUUCUACGCGUGCGCGGUCGCAUUCUGCGUCGAAAGCUAAUGGUCACGCGAACGGGAAUGGAGGCGUCGGGAAUGGAGGCGUCGGGAAUGGCAAUGGCAAUGGCAAUGGCAACGCAGGGAACGGACAUGGGAAGCAAGCACAUUCGACCCCGGCGUCACCACAAGGCCUCCAACAACGCAGUCUAUCCUCCUCCGAAUCAACACAUUCUCAAUCGUAUUCGCACGCGCAGGCACAGUAUGCGCAGGUGAGGUCGUAUUCAUCGCACGGGUACGGACACGGGCAUGGAGGACACGCAGGACACGGAGGACAUGGGUUGGGAUUGGGAUUGGGUGUGAGGACGGAGUUGGCGCCGAUACCGGGGUCUCCGUACGCCACGGAGAAAGAGGGGAGUACGAAUGGGGAUGGCGGUAGGGAUAGGGAGAGGGAGGGACGUGGGGAGGAUAGUGUGCCGGGGACGCCGAGUUCGUCGAGGUUCGGUAUGGGAAUGGGCUUGGGCGGGUUAGGGAAGAAAUCAGGGGAGAGAACGAGGGAUCCACCGUCGCCUUCACCUUCACCUUCGAGGCUACGUCUCUCGCCAUCCGGGUCUGCGAAUGGAUCGGGUCCUCCGAGCCCAAGUCCGAGCCCGAGUCCGCAAAUGAGACAUCCACCGUCGCUCAUGCCCGCCACCGCCACCUCUUCCUCUCCAUCUCCCUCGCAUGGCCAUGGUGCAAGCACGAAUUCGAAUUCGAAGGCAAGCGCAGGUUUCAAACCGAAAAAGGUUCCGCCUCAGUCUCUGAAUGCGGCGGUCGAACUUAUAUCGGGGAGUCCGCCGGGGACGCCUGUAUAUACGCAUUCUCCGGGGGCUGGGUCGGGAGCGGGGUCGCCAUUUGGUCCUAGGACGACGCAAAAAUCGCCACGGGUGUUCGUAAAUGAGGGAAAGGACAAGGAGAAAGAGAAAGAGAAGGAGAAAGAGGGGGAUGGGGAUACGGUUUCGACGGAGAGUGGGUAUGCGUCGCAGGGGGAUCGGGAGGGGACGUCUGGGUCGGAGAGGGAGAGGGAGAGGGAGAGAAGGAAGGGGAGUGGGAAUGGCGUUGGCGGGGGUGGGGGUGGCACUGGGAUGGGGAUGAAUGGGGGCAUGAAUGGGGGAGCGGGAACGGCGCUGAAUGGGAAUGGGAGUGUGAAUGUGAGUAUGAGUGUGAGGAUGAGGGGGAAGGAGAUUAGUGGGCCUGUUUUCGAUAAUGAAGCGACGCUGAACCUCAGUCCUGUCAAGUCGAGAGCAGGGGGCAGGCCGAUCCCUGUGCAGGGCAAACCGCCGACGCUACAGAAGGGGCAGAUCGCGACGUUGAGUACUGGGCUGUAUCCGAUCCUACCGCAAGCGCUGGCAGAGGACAUACAACAGUUUGUGGAGAGUGAUUUCGCGAAGCAGUAUUUCUCGACGCAUAAGACGGGUUUUAUCUUUCGGAGGAAGGUUCCAAUGGAGCAGAUGAUGACUUGGCAAAAGACUUCGCUCGCCGGCCCUCUUCUCAACGCGAACCGCUCCCUGCACAAAAACGCCGUCAAAUCGUUCAAAAUCAUCCAACGACUGAUGGGCGACACCCGUGGGCCCUCCUUUCGUGGAGGUGGCGGUGGCGGGGGUGAGCAGCUCGCGGCCGUCUCCUCUGCGAACGCGUCGUCCGGCUCGUUCCAUUCGUCGAAUAGUGCGUCGGGGCAUGGCGGUGGCGGUGGCGCAGGGGGGCCUGGUGGAUUGGGUGGAGGAGCGGCUGGGAAGGCGUUGUUGGAGGAGGAGAGGUGGUUGCUUGGGGAGGGAUUGACGCAUGGUGAAUUGAGGGACGAGAUUUAUUGUCAGGUUAUGAAGCAGCUGACGGGAAACCCGAAUCCCGAAAGCGUCUUCAAAGGCUGGCAGCUCCUCUGUGUCCUCCUGGUCACCUUCCCACCCUCCAAAAACUUUGAAGCCUAUCUACACUCCUUCCUCCACCAGCGCACCUCCCAAACCGAAUCCCGUGUCGACGUCAUGGCGAAAUACUGCCUCAAACGCCUCGCCCUCAUCGCCAAAAAAGGCCCCCGCGGUAAAGCGCCAUCCCUCUCCGAAAUCGAAACCGCAUCCGACGCCGCCUUCAACCCUUCCACCUUCGGCGAAUCGCUCGACUUCAUCUUCCGCCUCCAGGAGCGGAUAUAUCCGAGCCAGACGUUCAAGGUCCCGAUCGUCUUGCCGUUCUUGGCGGAUGGGAUUUUGGCGCUGGGCGGGACGAAGAGCGAGGGCAUAUUUAGGGUGCCCGGGGACGGGGAACAGGUGGGGGAGAUGAAGUUGAGGAUUGAUAAGGGGUAUUAUACGCUUGAGGGGGUGGACGAUCCAAAUGUGUUGGCGAGCUUGUUGAAGCUUUGGUUGAGGGAGCUAUUGGACCCCUUGGUGCCCGAUGAGAUGUAUAACGAUUGUAUCACGCACGCGCACGACCCAGAAGCGUGUGUCGCCGUCGUGUCGAGGUUACCGACAAUCAAUCGCCGCGUCGUCCUCUUCAUCGUCUCUUUCCUCCAGAUAUUCCUCGACGAGCGAAUAUCGAAGAUUACGAAGAUGACGUCUGCGAACCUUGCGCUCGUUAUGGCUCCGAAUCUGCUGAGAUGUGAUUCGGAGAGUAUGGCCGUUGUGUUUACGAAUGCUUCGUAUGAGCAGACGUUCGUGCAUAAUCUGCUAUUGCACCUUAGGUGUAACGAGGUUGACCCGGACUAUAAGCCUCAGCAUGGGCUUGGGGCUGUUCCGCAGACACCGCGGCCGUCGAGCUCGAAGGCACGGAACCGACGUACCUAGUCUCACCGCCCGUUAAAUUCAACAUUCACUUGCAGGCUUGUCCUCCUCCCUUUUCUCUGUUGGUUUCGAUACGCUCUGAAUGGACAUGGCACCUUGCGGCGGGGCGAUUUGGCGAUUUCUUUGUGGUCUGUUCUGUAUGUCUCUUUAAACCUUUGCAUCGGCCCUCGUGUUGUGUUCGGCUCGUUCUUUCAUUCGUUUUUCUUCGCCCCCAAGCUUUAUGCUAUUGUUCCAUUAUUCCUUCUUUCGCAUGUGUAUGUAGUCGUUCUGCCUCUCUCCUUCGAUACACAUUCACACUCUUUCCUCUGCCUGCGCACCCUCACUCUGACUCUCAUCCUCGCCCAAACCGAAUCUUCCUCUCGCCUUCAAUGUCCUAGCAUGUACCGGACAAUCUCACACUCGCUUAUUUCACAUCCCUCGUCCGUCUCCCGCUUCACCUUCAUAUACCAUUCCAUCUCCUCUUCGACCUUCCCAACUUGUAGAUUCAUUCCAACAUGAUCCCAUGGACUCUUCCGCCGACAUAUUCCAUCUCACUGCAUCUCUGGAUUAGUAGUAGCCUCUUUUCUUUUCUCGGUUUCUUUGCCUCCGCGCACGCGUUCCUUUUCCUUCCUCCAGUCCCCUCCAUCCUUUAUCUCUCUGUGUCCUGUGAUCACCUUCCUCCCUUGAUAUCCCAUGGCCAGUCCGUCCGUCCUACUCUCUUGCAAUACGUAUAAUCCAAUACAUGGGGCUCGGUUUCU